CGCAGUACCGAAUCGCGUAUUUUUCGAAAGGUUAGAUAGAUUUUAGCCAAAGAGCUAAUACGAUAAUAACGUACUAAAAUAUCAGCGCUUUGAGGACGCGCCUUGUUUAUAAUAAACCUUUCUUUACCACUCCAUCUGACUGUGUGUUCACUGCGCUAUACUGAAGGGAAUGAGGGAUGACGUCGGUGGUGUUGGUAGACAGUGGAGGAGCUGUGCUGCAGUACGUCACUGCAGUGGAGGAUCUACAUCAGGAAGAGGGAGUGUGUGAGGUGGAGGGAGUGUGUGAAGGUGUGUGUGAGGUUGAGGAUGUGUGUGAGGAUGUGUGUGAGGUAGAGGGAGUGUGUGAUCAGGAGGAAGAGGAGGCGUGCUCACCUGCACAGGUGUUUGUGUACGAUGAGAACACGGAGCUGAUGCAGGGCGUCGCUGAGGAACAAGAAGUGGAGACCGAGGUAGUGGAGACAGUGGAGGCAUCAGUACACGGGGUCUCCAAUGUGCACUGCACUGAUAAAACUAUUGAAGCAGCAGAAGCUCUGUUACACAUGGACUCACCAUCCAGCUUACGCGGAGACCGCAGUCCAGAUGUCUUUGUCCCUGCAUGCCCAUCCACCCCGGAGUUCCUGCACGCCGCCAUGCGCCCUGAUGUUGUCACGGAGACGGUGGUGGAGGUCAGCACAGAGGAGGUGGAGCCUAUGGAAGUUGUUACCUUAAUCAAGGAACCGAGAGUGAUAGAGAGGGACGGGAGGAAAAAGAAAGCUGGGAGGAAGCCCACUAAGCCCCACCCCAUCCCCAAUGGCUCACCUGAUUUAGGCAUCAAGAAGAAGUCGAGAGAAGGAAAAGGCAGUACGUACCUGUGGGAGUUCCUGUUGGACCUGCUGCAGGAUAAGAACACGUGUCCCAGGUACAUUAAGUGGACUCAGAGAGAGAAAGGCAUCUUCAAGCUGGUGGACUCCAAGGCCGUGUCCAAGCUGUGGGGCAAACACAAGAACAAACCUGACAUGAACUACGAGACCAUGGGCCGCGCCCUCAGGUACUACUAUCAGAGAGGGAUCCUGUCGAAGGUCGAAGGUCAGAGGUUGGUGUACCAGUUUAAGGAGAUGCCUAAAGACAUCGUCAUCAUUGACGACGAUAAGUGUGAAGCAGAAGAACUGGGCGGGACUUACGAGCAAGUGAUGGCUGCUGAUCUCCAUAAAACUACUGGCAUUCUAAGGGGGGCGGGGCCAGUCAUAAGCCCCACCUCUCCCAAAGCCAAACCAUCACCCAUCAUUACGCCCAUCCAACGCAUAGUGACCGUCUCCACGCCGACAGAGCCGCCGCACGCCACGGUCAUCCCUAAUGCCAGCGCACCCAGGACUGUACGAGUCGCUAUGCAGGUCCCUGUCGUCAUGACGACGCCCCUGGGUCAAAAGAUCUCGCCGGUCGCCAUCCCGACGGCAAACUCGCCCACCUCCAGCGUUACCACGGCGACCGGAGCCUCGCCCCCCAAGGUUCUGAUCCAGACGGUGGAGAACAACGACAAGAUCACGCUACAGCUCGCAAAGAUCAUCACCAUCACCCCCAUCACCCUGGCCCUGCCCCCUGGGACAGGCUCCGCCCACCCACACCCACAGAGCCCCGCCCACAGCACGCAGCUUCCCGUGCAGAUACACGUCCAGUCUGACAGUCACACGACACACACGGAGCCCCGCCCACAGCAAGCAGAGGCACACACACAGGAAGUCACCGCUCACACACACAGUUAAAGGAGGCGGAGACGGUCUCUCACACACACACACACACUCUCACACAUGCACAGACACGGACUAGCCAAUCAGGAAGUGGAAAUGCACAGACAGGAAGUAAUAAUGGCACAAAGACAUGGAGUUAUAAAUAGAGAUUAUCAUGGAAAACACACACACACACACACACACACACACACACACACAC